UGCAGUUAAACGAAUUUAAUCAACACCUGCCAGCCAAUCAGAAUCGAGUAUUCAGACAGACCAUGGCAUAAUGUGAAAUAUCCACUCCUGUACAACCUUUGCAAUAUUAUCAGAUGAUCUCUUGUUGGUGGAAAGACUGUAAAGCUGCGCGAUGCGUGAUAUCACAACAGAUGGCGGUAAUGAAAUAAUUUAGUUUGUGAUCUAGUCAGAAGAAGACGCUGCGUGCGCUGCUUCAAUCCAUUUACAGGCUCGUGAGUCGUGACUCGUCAGAACGCAAAACGGAAUGUCGGUCGCGCUACACCACUACUUGAUGGAAAAAGUAGUUAGCUACAGGAAAAGCUACACUGUUUCAAAAGUAGCGUCGCUACUGUAAAGCUACUGAAAAAUGUAGUUACGCUAGCAGCGUUGCAACUUGUAGCUACUCCCCAACACUGUUAGGAAGUUAUAAUAUGAGGCUAUAGGCUGUCAUGAUAGCUCUAAACUGCUUGAUGAUACAAGCUUGUUAAAAUGGUGGGUUAAGUUGAGCAAGUGGCUCAACUCACCCCUUGAUUAUUAUUAAAGCAUUACUUUAUUGUAAUUCUACAUUGCAAUCUUACAUUUUAUUGCUGAAAUGAUGUGACAUUUUGAAUUUUAGACCAAACAACAUCAUGCCACGCUUUUACAGUAGCCUAUAUAAACGGAAGACAGGCAGGGCUUCAGUUCCUCUUGUAAAGUUGGACAGAGCAGUGGGAGAGGUACAGAAAGGAAGGUCCAUAGGUCAGGUAGCAAGGGACAUGAAGAUCAACUCGAUGAUUUUUUUUUUUUCCUUUAAAGAGAUCCAUGGAUUUGAAAAUAAAAAAAAUAAAUAAAAAAAUAAAAAUAGGAGAAGUACAAAGGGUACAAUAGAACAGGUCAAAAGAAGUCAAUUAUUUGCUUUGAUAUAGCAUGCGUCAAACUGCGCUCCUGGAUGGCCACUGUCCUGCAGAGUCUAGCUUCAACCAGCUCCAUCACUCCUGCCUGGACAUUUCUAGUAAUCCUGAAGACCUUAGCUGUGUCAGAAAUCCCCCCCUAUACCUUGAAAUAGGCCACUAUUUGAGGGGUGUUUACUAGUUUACAUAGUUACUGAGUGCACUCAUUCAAUCCCACAAUGAAUGCAAUAACGAGUAAUACAUUACAAUGUAAUACUACAACCAAUAUAUACUCAGAAUAUACAUAAGGCACUGUGAAGAUUGUGCUGAAUGAAUUUUCAUGUUUUGCCAGAAGAUGGCACCUGCAACUGAUCUAUCCAUACAUUUUCCAAACUGCUUGUCCAAUGUGGGUACAGCGUAAAAUCACACAGGUUCUCACUCACUGAUGGCGUUUGCAACAUAUAUAGUUGGACAAACACCAUUUCCUGAGUUCAGUGUUGUGCUGAUGUUGGAUGAUGUGCAAAUAGGAUAUUAUGACUCAACCACAUGGAGUGUUAUAAAUCGCAUUCCACGUGAUUCAAAGUACCAAAAUGAAGAGAAAAGUGAUGCUGAUUUUGUAUUUCUCGAUAUGUAUAACAACAUGAAAGAGCGAGCUAUUUAUUUUAAGGAACAUCUAAAUCAAACAAAUGGUGUACAUGUUCAACAGAGACUUGCUGGAUGUGAACUGCUGAAUGAUGAUAAACCAGGUCUACUGCAGAGAUGGGAUUCUUUCAAUGGACAAGAAAUAGGAGAAUACACCUUUGACACAGAAAAAAAUGUCCAGACAAAAAUAAUAUGGGGGCCAUGGAGCCAAUUAACAAGAUUUCAGAUGAAGUUUCUGAUUGAAAAUAUUUAUCAACCUAUUUGCAUUAAAGUUUUGCGUAGGUACUUGAAUACGAAAAAGAACAGUGUAAUGAGAAAAGUUAAACCCAGAGUCAGACUCAUGAAAAAGACCCUCUCAGACUCUCAUGGGCUUCAGAUCAGCUGUCUGGCCACUGGUUUUUACCCCCGUCACAUUAACCUGACCCUGUUCAGAGAUGGUCAGCCUGUGGAUGAUGAUCAGAUCACAGGAGGAGAGAUUCUGCCCAACGGAGACGGAACUUACCAGAUGAAGAAGAGUUUGGUGAUCAGUGAAGAAGAGCUACAUGAGGGCCAUAAAUAUAACUGUUCAAUGAAGCACCUCAAUCUGGACAACAAACUGGACAUUACAUUUGAUGUGGCUGAAUAUGAGCCAGGAUCAACUACGCAGUCUGUAGUUAUCAUUGUGCUGGUGUUUGUGUGUGGGGCUGUUCUCGUCAUAACUGCACUCAUCAUAUGGAGGAAGAUACAUACUGCUGGACAAGGUUUCAAGAAGUCACAAAGUGAUGACUCUUUUACUCCAUGUUGUGAUUCACUGGAGCCAGCUGGUUCAAAUAAACUACUGAGACAUCUUUCAAGAGCAAGCAUUGAAUUGAAUUGAAUCCCGCAUUGAACUCACUGAGAGUCACAGUCAUCAGUAAAAUGACGGGAAUACAAAAAAAGAUUGGGAUUGCUGUGAUACAGUGGAAAAAAAUAAAUGGAGUGGAAACUCACCCCUCAGGCUAGAUUACUGUAAUGCUCUUUAUACUGGAAUUAGCCAGUCCUUACUGUCAUGUCUACAACUGGUACAGAACGCCACAGCUCAUUUUUUGACAAAGACAAAAAGGAGGGAGCAUAUUACUCGUUUUAGCAAAGUACAAAGUUGAUUUUAAGGUUUUAGUAUUUGUAUUUUAAGACUGCAUGGUCUCGCUCCUACAUCUCAGACUCAGAUCUUCUUCAUCCUUAUUCUUCCCAGAGAAUGCUCAGAUCAUCUUCUUAGUUUUUAUUGACUGUUCUAAAAUCUCGAUUUAUAACUAAGGCCCCGUUUACACUAGUGCGUUUUCAUUUUAAAACGGCGUUUCCGCUGCGUUUCAGAAAUGAUCUCCGUUUACACUACUAACCGAAAACGCAUGGCACGUGACCAUUCAUGCAGGUACAACCAUAGAGAUGUAUAGGUAGAUCCCUAUUAUUUAGAUCGCUGACGCGUCUGCGUGCUAGGAGCGGUCGAAUGGGGAAUCUACCCAUAGAGCUUGGCAACCGACGUCACUGCGCAGUGCAUUCUGGGACGUAAACAAGAGGGCGCCGCGAUAUUGUGAGGCCACAUCGGGCGAGACUUAAAACAACCACAUGAAAAACAAUGUUGAAAAGUCGAUUAAAAGAACAAAAUGUACUAUACAGAGACAAACUUCUAACGGACGCAAGAAAACGGUACCUGGAAAAGAUGGCCAACCACCCGCACCUAUAUUUUUGCCUGAUUUUGAUUUAGAUAACCGCACCCGAUCGUCACAUUCAGGGUUCAUAUACGGUCAUGAAAAACCUGGAAAAGUCAUGGAAUUUUAAAACAGCAAUUUCCCAUGCCUGUAAACUUUUGGAAAAAUAAAUAAAGCCAGAAAGUUUUGGAAAAGUCAUGUUUCACAAUUCUAUGUACAGUAGAAUUGUGCUUAAUCAGGUCCUGAAUUUCGGUGCGGGAUUGUAUGGAGUCAAUUUAAUGCCGCAUUUAUAUGCAAAAGAAAAUAAAGUUUUGCAAAGAAAAAUAAAGAAUUGCAAAAGAAAAUGAAGUAUUGCAAAAAGAAAAUAAGUUUUGCAAAUAAAAAUAAAGAAUUGCAAAAUAGAUAAAUAAAACAGAGCAAAAGCAAUGAUUUUGCAAUACAUAUUUUCCAUGGCCAUAUCUACUAAUUUAUUUGCAAUGCAGCUUUUAUUUUGCGUUUCAGUCAAGUUUGAGCU